ACCUCCACCUCCAUCUACUCUGAGGAAGUCACGCCACAAUCCCCAAGGCGACACUGAUCAAUCGAUUCAGCGCCUAGACUAGGGCCAUGGCGGCCGCGGGGUGGUUUCUAGCCGCCGGAGCCAUCGUCACGGCCACCCUGCUGUCAGGCUGCGCCCUGGCGGCGCCCGCGGCUGGCACGCCCACGCCGCCGUCGUCCUCCUCGCUGGACUGUGACACGGUGACGUCGCUGCUGACGGGCUGCGCGACUUUCGUCACGCGCGGCCAGAGCGUGGCGCCCCUGCCGGCCCCGGGCACGCCGUGCUGCGAGGGGGUGGACGGCCUGUACGCCGUAGCGGCGGACUCGCCGGACAACUGGCGCUCCGUGUGCCGCUGCAUGGCUGGGCUCGUCCGGCGGUACUGGUCCAACGCGUCCGCCAUCGCGCUGCUGCCGGGGCUCUGCGGCGUCUCGCCGGUGGCCACCGCUCACGCGGUCACCUACUGCAACAGCAUCCCUUGACAGUUGACGUGCGCUCAGCCUCGGCAAGGCAACCGACAGUUUCAAGGGCAUGCAACUUGCUUCAGUUUGGAGUUCUCAAUUUUGUUCUUCAUCAAUCCUGUUAGUUUCAUGGAACUGUGGAAAGCUGGAUCACGUAGCUCAGUCAGUUUCUGAAAUUUAGAAAUAAUACUUCUGAAAUGUACUGCUCCGUCCGUACAUUUAGUGUAAAAAACGCUCUUAUAUUAUGGGACGGAGGGAGUAGAUUUCUUGGUUGACGAUA